GAAAGGGCAGGAAGAAGGAACGAUCUGAUUAUGCUUGCGGAAAAAAAUCGGCUCGUUACAACAGAUGAAGAGAAAAUUAAAAUGGUAGGGCGGAUGACCAAUGUGGCCUUUCGAUUGAGGAAGGUGCAUGCGCUGGGAGAUGUCGUAGUCUUAGACGUUAACACUUAUGACGUCUUUUUUGGCCUUCCCGCUCUUGUGGCCUUGCGAGCCAAUCUGGACUUCGAGAGGCGAUCGAUUGUCCUCCGAAAUACAGGAGGAAAGCCCUAUGUUGUACCUAUGAGGAUGACCCUUCGUACCACCACUAACGUGACCCCGCGAGUUUCUCCAAUAAUGGCAGGAACUCUUCGCGAGAUCAUUUGGGACAACUCCGCAAACGGUAAGCAAUUGUCAAAGGAUGCAAACAGCAGUGACGAGGACGAUCCAGCAAUUCUGGAACUGGCGCGACAGCGUAUCUAUUACCCUAUGCAACGAGCAAACGCGAGACCAUUGAGCUUGACUGAUCGAAAUCUACGAAGGACACAAGCGAUGAUUUUGGGCGAACCUCUCGUGCAGAUAUCAAGGAUGGCCGAUUCUUUGGAACCCCCUCGAACCCUGUACGAAGUGGGUUCGGUGUCCGAUGGGGAUUUGCAAUGCGCCUACCACGUUUCAGCGUGCUAUAAAUGUGACGUUUCAAAUUUCGCCAACAAGACGCGACUGACUCAGGGGAUGAUUAACUUUUGCGUCAUCGUGUACAUGGACGACAUCCUGGUCUAUUCGGAGACUUAUCACGGGCACGCACAACGCAUCGAGUGGACGCUGGGAGCUCUAAGAGAUGCUGGGUUCAAGAUCGCGCUCGAGAAGAGCGAGUUUUUCCUCUCGGAAAUCUCGUUCUUGGGUGACGUGGUGACACGUGGAGGACUGCGGCCAGAUUCAAGAAAGGUCGCGACGGUGAAAGACGCCCCUGUUCCUACGUCACUAACGCAGGUUCGAGCUUUCUUGGGACUAACAUCGUACUACCAUCGCUUCAUCAAGGGCUUCGCCGCGAUAGUGCGGCCUCUGACGAACCUACUACGAAAAGACCAGCCCCUCAGUUGGGACGCAGAGUGUGAACAGGCCUUCACCACCCUCAAGGACGUUCUGGCGAUAACACCUAUUUUGAUCCGGCCGAACUCUACGAAGCAGUUCAUUCUUAUUACGGACUGGCAGCCAGAGGCGAUGUCCGCUAUUCUAGCGCAGAAGGGGAACGACGGCCGAGAACACGUCAUCGAGUACGCGUCUCGUACAGUGUCAGACGAGCGAAGGAACAAUUCAGCCCCGCAGGAUGAAUGCUAUGCCGUGGUCUGGGGGAUUCAGCACUUCCAUCCGUAUCUCUACGGACAGGAUCAUGAGCCAUUGUUGGCUCUCAAGAGGCUCACUAAUUACACGGGUAUGAUUGGACGGUGGGCGGUGCGCCUACAGGAGUACGAUUGCGACAUCAUCCAUCGAAAGACAGAGAGGCACGACAUUGCGGACGGACUGACACGUCUGCACCAACCGGCUAGGCCCGGCCAUCGACAACUGAUCGUGGGGGAACUCACAAUCCCCCUCGCACAACUGGUCGACGAUCUCCCCCUCGACAUUAUCUCGCAGUGUAAUGAAAGCCCAGUCCCGCGCGUCAUUUCGCGAACACUGACGCCCUAUCUGAAGUGGUCGGCUUGUCUUGAAGAGCAGGGAGGGAACAACAACCCGCCAUCGCAAGCCGAGUACCUGAACCCGCGAAGGAUAAUUGACAUCUCCUUCUUCCAGCCUCACACAACCUCCGAAGAUGAAUUACUAACGUUGGAAGAGGAAGAAGAAGAGAACGAAGAAGAGGACGAGGGGGAAGAAGAAGAAGAGACCCUAGAAGAAGGGAGUUACAGCGAGCAUAGCGAGGGAGAGCAGAGCGAAGAAGAAGAAGAAGAGGACGAGGAGCAAGAGGAGUCUGAGUGGGAAAAUUUAGGCGAGGAAGCAAGCCGCACAGAGGCCAAGGAGGAAGAUCCAGAGGCGACGGCGCGGCGCAGAGAAGAGAUCGCGGCUGGUAAACAACCGCUAGAGUACGCAAGUGGAACGAAUCUGCCAAUCUCAGACGAUCCGGCCAAGGACCCGGAGCCGCCCAAGCCAGAGGAUGGGGACCCUGUUGCGGAGACUUCGAGCGCACCGGCCAGGCGGCGGCGAAGUCGAUCCCCCUCCCCCUCCACCUCCCCCCGUCCGACAGUUCGAACUCGUACCGAUACGGGGCAUCGGGCUUCGUCCUCGGUCCUUAUCCCAUCGUCCCCUUGACUACCUCACCUUCCGACAGA